AUGCACAGUGAAGCGGACAAUGAAAUCGACAUCCCCACAAACGACGAGACGGCGCAAGCCGCCACCAAAAUCCAAGCCAAGUUCAGGCAAAAGCAAGCGGCAGGUGAGGUUGACGCCAAGCGCAAGGAGAAGGAACAGAUGCACAGUGCCGCGGACAAUGAAAUCGACAUCCCCAUGAACGACGAGACGGCCCAAGCUGCCACCAAGAUCCAAGCCAAGUUCAGGCAAAAGCAAGCGGCAGGUGAGGUUGACGCCAAGCGCAAGGAGAAGGAACAGAUGCACAGUGAAGCGGACAAUGAAAUCGACAUCCCCGUGGACGACGAGACGGCGCAAGCUGCCACCAAAAUCCAAGCCAAGUUCAGGCAAAAGCAGGCGGCAAGUGAGGUAGAGGCAAUGCGCAAAGAAAAGCUGAAGAGCGAAUCUGGCGAUGGGGCUGCUGAAUCCGAGCCAUUGGAUGCGGACAGAUUCGAGACCGAUGUUGACAUUGUGCAGGCCGAGCUAGCCAGGCCUGCAGACGAGAUCAGCGAAGUCGAAGCCAUGCUCAAAGAGAAGGAGAAGGAGCAGCAACAGCUGGUUGAGGACAACUCGCCCAAGGUGGAGGGGAUGUUCGGCUCGAAGCAGGAGAAGAGGCCGAUGGCCGUGAGUCCUGCAAUUCCUGAAGGUGACGAGGAGGAGUGA